ACUCUUUAACAUAUAGAAGACCUGAGAGAUAUCCCAGACCUACGAAAUCUAUAAAAGUCAGGAAUGGUACAAUUACUGUUAGGAAAGGAAGCAUCACAGAAGAAAUGGCCAAUAUUCUGGUGAAUGUAGUUGGAGAAUCAAGGGACUUAAGGGAAAGCUUCAUUUCAAGAAAGUUUCUUGAACGUGGAGGUCAAGCAUUGGAGAUGUUAUUCAAGAGAGUUGAUGUAGGAGAAAGUGCAGUUUUUACCCAGAGUGAUGGUGCCCUAUUCUGUCAGAAUGUGUGUCAUAUGGUGCUUCGGAAAUGGCAUGUUGAUCAGAAAGCAAGGCUGCAGAAUGAGUUACGGACGACCCUUCAAAAGAUAUUUACAGAAGCUAAAAAUCUGAAAGCUACAAAGAUUGCCUUCCCUGCUGUCGGUACAGGACGACUUCUUGGGUACCCUGUUCCGUUCAUGGCUGAGUGUUUGGUGUCAGAGGCCGUCACAGCCUGUAAGCAGGGCACAUGUCUGACAGAUGUGAUGUUUGUUAUUUUUGAUCAACAACAACUAGAAGUUUUCAUCAAACAACUAGAAAGGGAGGAAGAUCACGGUGGCAGCUCAUUUCAACGACCGUCACAUCAAGCCCAAGCACCUGUCCAUUCCCCUGGCUUCAGAAGACCGGAAGUAGCCAGUGCUGUAAGGCCAAGGUCAGAUACGUUGCCUGGCAGUAUGACCUUGUUCUGUACACCAAAAGAGAAAGGAGAAGAACUACGAAGCACUCUGUCAGCAGACCUGAGGAAAAAUUUCCUAGCAAAAGAAAAGAUACAACUCCAUUCUGACAAAGUUGACAAAAAAACCAAAAAGAAGAUCACUGUAUUUGGUGAGAAGGAGGCCGUCCUCUCUGUAACAAGCAAAGUGUAUAGGAUUCUCCACGAGUCUUUUGCAGAACAAGCGCCUAAGAAAUACACCCCACCUAACAAAAAUACACAUGGGACACCACAUUAUUGGAAGGAGCUCUAUGAGAAUCCUCCUGUUCCCCAAUAUUGGAAACACUUCAAGAAUGGCUAUGGUUUGAUGGACUACCUCAGGAAAGUGUUCAAACAGCCAAGCAGAACAGAGAUAAUAACCGUUGACCCAGCAACAUUUGGUUAUGUAAAAUCAUUAGUGGAAAGGUCAUUUGACAGAACAUUGGUUGGCAAAGGACAAGAUGCUAAAGGGUUGGCUCACAGUCAGAUAGUCGUCAGGAAGGUAGAAAGGAUAGAGAAUUAUUCUUUGUAUGAAGCCUACUCUCUUGAGCGGAGAAAAUUCUUCAAACGUAAAGGCAAUAGAAAAAGUAAAUGCCUGCCUCUGGAGACAAUUUCUCAACAAACGAAAGGACCUAUCAACACUACUCAGCAUAUCAACAGUUAUUUGAUUGACAGACAUGUUCAAGGACAUCAAUGAGCAUUACUUUUUCCAUGGAACGGAUGACGAGCGAAUCAAAAGGAUCUCCGAGAAUGGAAUGGAUCCUCGGUUUGGAGGCAACGGCAUGUUUGGUCAGGGUAUCUAUGGAGCGGAAUGUUCCACCAAGGCUGACCAGUAUGCAGACACGGCAGCGACACGGCAUGUUGGAGGCAGCAGGAAGCUGAUAAUGAUGCGUUUGUUGCUUGGCGAUAUCUUUGUGACCUCAACGGCUGAAAAAUACAGCCUGCCUCCUUGUAAAACUUGCAACAAGUCAAAGUGUGUCGCGCACGGUCAUACCUACGACUCCGUGGUGGCUGAUGGCAGGUGGCUUUUCAGGGAGUUUGUUGUCUAUGACAAAAGCCAAUGUUAUCCAGAGUAUAUAAUUACAUAUGAUCGUCAAUGAUGUUAAUUUGAUAAAUUAUGUAACUUUUACUGUGUAUAACCAGCAAUAAGUCCAGGCCUGGUUAUAAAUCCAUCCAUUCCAUGUUUGCUACAAUUCAGCCAAAAUGCUGUCAAAUCUAAGGAAGGAUUAUCAUGCAUUGUCACUGUUAUAUUAUAAUUGAUCUUUGACUGAUGGGCAUACAUGCUUAGAAUACCUUAGGUCAAAUAUCUUCAUCCACCACCAAUAUAAUCCCAACCCGAACUUUGUCCUUUUUUUCCUCCUUUUUUUUUUUUUUAAUAUUUGGAUUAUUUAUAUGAUGUUGUUACACAAUGAAUAUGUAAAACUAUACAGUGACCUGAUUUUCAAGGUCUUACUGCCUAGUAAAUAUUAAUUGUUUUUUUUUAUUUUUGUUUUUUUUCACUCGGUCUGAUCAAUAUCAAAUCAUGAUCUGCACUUCUGUUCUGUAAACAGUAGACUACACUAAGUAGGGAGCACAGAUCUUAACAUGACUAAAAUCAUAUUGAUUUUUGCUAAAUAUAAUUUAGUCAUUGAACAUGGGGUGAAAUUCAAUGUCAAGUGAAUAUACAGUAAUAGUGAAUUACAUGUAUAUCCAAGAUCCCAAUAAUAUGCCUUAUAUACACUUUACUUCGUGUCCCACAUAGACACAAGUAUAUAUAGACAUGCCUAUACUGGCCAGCUGCUUAUGCAGAAUUUUGUUUAAGCAUUAAUUUACUUCUCAUAAAUUAGUUUCACCUAGAAAAACAUGCUUUUGUUCAAUUGUAGUUCUGCUAAAUAAACAACCUGACUGCAUAUUUUUUUAAUUGUUAAAAUAUGUCUUCCUUGAUAUGCUGGUUUAAUUUUUGUUUCUGCUUUUAAUUUUGACUUGAUUUUAUUUCUUAAAGACACUCUUGAUGUUCUUGUUAUCAUGAAUAUUAAACAUAGUUUUUCAGUAAUCAUCAUCAUCAUCAUCAUCAUCACCAUCACCACGACCAUCAUCAUCAUCAUCAUCAUGAUUUUAUUUUUUUCAAUGUUUGAUUUAAAAAUUUAUAACUUUAUUUGAGCAUUGAUUCAAUAGUAAUUUAUGAAAGAAGGCUUUUUUAUUCUUUAUAUGAACAUUUACGUACAGGUAAAACUCUAAUCUUGUGAUAUCUAGUUUAUGGACCAUUAUUAGAUGGUGGGCUAUUCAAAUUAUCCCAUGUCUGUGGUCCGUGAUCUGUCCAUCCAUAAACAAUUCUUGUUAUUACUAUUUUCUGAGAAGCUCUUGAAGGAUAUUUCUUUAACUUCACAUGUAGAAUCCCCUUUGUCCCUAGUUGUGCCUAUUUUUUUUAGUGUAAUUGGAAAACAAAAUGGCCUUCAAGCAGCCAUCUUGGAUUUUGACAGUUAAAAUUUGUUUAAGAUAUUUCCCGAAAAACACCGUAGGGAUAUUUCUCAAACAUCACAUGUACAACAACUGUAAGUUCCUCUUGGUCCUUAUUUGUGCACAUUCAAUUUUGAAUCAAAUCUGAUGGCUUUGAUUUUGACUGUUAAAAUUUGUCAUCAAUAUUUCUCAGAAAGUUCUUCUAAGAUCUUCUUUGUAUUUCACAACUGGGAUCCUCUUGUGAUAAAAUGAUUAAAAGGAAAAGUGAAAAAAGGGAAAAGUGGAAAAAAGAUCAGUCUUCCAUAUGAGGAAAUAUUAUUCAAUGAUGGGUGCCACGAUCCCUUUGGAAUUUCUUGUUUAAUGUAAUCUUUUUCUGUACUUUGUAUAUUUGUCAUUAUACUGUUAAUUAGUGGAUAUAUUAAUAAUAAUUAUUGAGGGGAUUAUCUAGAUGGAGAAUAGGCAUUGUUAGGCUCUUAUUUACUGUAAAUAUCUACAUAUAAUGCACACUUUUUUUCAAAAAUCUACAUUAUGUUUUCAUAUUUUAAAAGAUCUGUAAUUAUUUUCCCAAAUUGUUUUUUUCUGAAAAUGAAAUUUGAAAUAGUACAUGUACCUGCAUGUGAAUUUGCAUUAUUUACAAAUAUUUAUGGUAGUUUAAAUAAUAUCUUUCAUUACAAUUGAUAUUGUUUGUACAGUGCAUUAUAAAUGGUGACUGCUGUAUGUUUGCAUUAUUUUUUUUUUUGCUUUAAUUUUGAGAGAAAAGCAGGUGGGAUUACAUUAUAUUCAUCUUGAUAACAGGAAAUUGACAUUGGGCCAUUGUGAUGUCACAAUGAUUAUGACAUCAUAGGUGCAAUAUUGACUUUGUGUUUCUAAAAAUAGAAACAUAAGGUUAAUAUCUCGAAAUAUCAACCUCCACGUGACUAUACAGUACGAGGAGGGUGAUUUGGUACUCAAACGCUCACAGAGCGUUGAUCCGCGCAGCCAUCCGCUCAGAAUUUGAGCGGGUUUGCAGCGGGAUUGCAGCGGGAUUGCAGCGGGCUUCGAGCGGGCUUGAGCGGGUUCGGGCGCGGGCUCGAGCGGGCUUUAAGCGGGCUUCCAGUAGGUCCGCUACAUGUCCGCUCAAGCCCUCUCGAGCGGACUUGUAGCGGACCCGCUCGAGCGGAUUGUAGCGGACCCGCUCGAGCGGACUUGAAGCGGGCCCGCUCGAGCGGACUUGUAGCGGACCCGCUCGAGCGGACUUGUAGCAGACCCGCUCGAGCGGACUUGUAGCGGACCCGCUCGAGCGGACUUGUGUUCCGUCACUUUCAUUAGAUAAUAUCUUUGCCUAUAUUGAUAUUUACCCUAUCAAAAUAUCUAACGAGCGUACUGUUUGUGCAUUUCGCAUAAUCUGGUUUGUCUAUAUUUGCUUAUGAAUUGUUCCUUAAUUUCUUCAUAACCUUGUUGGAAAGUUAGAUAUGAAUUAUCAUCUUUAUUUAAAUCUGUUACGACGAAACUGAAAUUUUGAAAUUUUGAAUAUUAAUGAAUUAUAAUAUAAGCGAAGUUAUUGCUGGGCAUAUAAUGGAUGUCAUUUGGAUAUUGUAAAUAAAUUUUAAUGUA